GGGAAAUGCUGGGAGAAGCUGGGUGAGGAGUCCCAAGACGGGCAAGAACUGGGAGGACAACAGAAGUGGAGCGGAGGAAGUGGAAAGACUGGCUGCAAUGCGUUCAGAUUCUCUAGUACCUGGGACACACACACCUCCAAUCAGAAGAAGAAGCAAAUUUGCCACUCUUGGAAGGCUAUUUAAGCCGUGGAAAUGGAGGAAGAAGAAGAGUGAAAAAUUCAAACACACUUCUGCAGCUUUGGAAAGAAAGAUAUCAAUGAGGCAAAGCAGAGAGGAGCUUAUAAAACGAGGAGUGCUAAAGGAAAUCUUUGAUAAAGAUGGAGAGCUCUCCAUACCAAAUGAAGAAGGAGCUUUGGAGAAUGGGCAGCCUCUGGGCUCUGGACAAGUGCUGAGCUCCAGCCAGGUAUCCCUGCCAGCCCUAGCAGAACUGGAGUCAGGCUCAGCACCUGGGGAACCCUGCUCAUACGAGGUGCUCCCAACCACAGAGAUCAUGGAUGGGACAGUGUCUGAAGAAAGCCCCACAUCCAAUGAAUCUGGAGUCCUCCUGUCCCAAGAUCCUACAGCUAAGCCAGUCCUGCUACUUCCCCCCAAAAAAUCUGCUGCUUUCCCUGGAGACCAUGAGGACACCCCAGUGAAACAGUUGUCCCUCCUCAAACAGCCCCCUGCCCUGCCUCCUAAACCUAUUGCCAGGAUUGCCAGCCACUUAACUGAUCCUGGCGCUCCUGUGAAACUGCCUUGUAUGCCAGUUAAACUGUCACCUCCACUACCUCCAAAGAAAGUCAUGAUUUGCAUGCCCUUAGGGGGGCCAGACCUCUCCUCUCUCUCAUCCUAUUCCACGCAGAAGAGCUCCCAGCAGCCUUUGACUCAGCACCAUCACACUGUCCUGCCAUCCCAGUUAGCAGCUCACCAGCACCAGCUCCAGUACGGCAGCCACAGCCAGCACCUGCCUUCUGGAUCCAGCACGUUGCCCAUACACCCUUCAGGGUGCCGGAUGAUAGAGGAACUGAACAAAACACUAGCCAUGACCAUGCAAAGACUAGAAAGCUCCGGUUUACACACAGGUGACAAUGUUACAAAAACAGGACCUGGAGGCCUUCCAGACAUGAGACAAGUGCCAACUGUUGUGAUCGAAUGCGAUGACAAUAAAGAAAAUGUGCCUCAUGAAGCUGACUAUGAAGAUUCUUCCUGUCUCUACCCAAGACAGGAAGAGGAGGAAGAGGAAGACGAAGAUGAGGAUAACUCGUUAUUUACAAGUUCCCUGGCAAUGAAAGUCUGCAGAAAGGACUCUUUAGCAAUCAAACUCAGCAACAGGCCUUCCAAGCGAGAGUUGGAGGAAAAGAAUAUCCUCCCUAUGCAGACUGAUGAGGAGAGACUCGAACUUAGGCAGCAGAUUGGGACAAAGUUAACAAGACGACUGAGCCAGAGGCCAACAGCUGAAGAAUUGGAGCAGAGGAACAUUCUGAAACCCCGGAAUGAGCAAGAGGAGCAGGAAGAAAAACGAGAGAUAAAGAGAAGAUUAACACGUAAGCUGAGUCAGAGGCCCACAGUAGAGGAGCUGCGUGAGAGGAAGAUCCUCAUCCGCUUCAGCGACUACGUGGAGGUGGCCGACGCACAGGACUAUGACAGGAGGGCAGACAAACCCUGGACGCGACUCACGGCUGCCGACAAAGCAGCCAUUCGUAAAGAGCUUAAUGAAUUUAAAAGCUCUGAAAUGGAAGUUCAUGAAUUAAGUAGGCAUCUAACAAGGUUUCACAGACCAUAGCAGUUAAAUUCUACCUGAACUACUAUGCUGUCUUCAAAACAUAAGAAAAAGGAACCAUAAGUGCUGGUAUUAUUCACUUCCCUGUUAUGUACAAUGUAAAUCUUACGAACUGCCUUUCUACAAAAAAAAAAAAGUAGAUGAAUAUUUAAAAAUAUAAAAUUGUAUGUACAUGUGAUGGGUACUGCAGCAUCAUCAGACCUGUUGGCUCAAGCUUCAAUUACAGAAAAUACCCCUGGUGGGAAUCGUGCCAAGACGCAGCAUUUAUGUGUAAGACUUUCCUGGCAUGUGGAUUUGCCAUACAUGUUCAAGCCCGGCUGGUGGGGCAUCCAUUAGUUCACCUUCAGGUACCCUUCACCCUGGCAAGCCUCUGUCGUCAACCUGAGAGAGCCCUGAGAUGGUAUCCAGGGAACCACGGGCCUGGGUGAAGUCUCCAGUAGACCUGCACCUAUGGCACUAAAGCACUUCCUUAUACCAAACGCUCCUUUCAGUCUGCAAGCACCUUAUGAGGACAAAGAAGAAGCAAAACUACUCUGUGGGCCGUUUCAUCUGCAACCAUCAUCUGACUUGAAGCUGCUUGCUUGCCUACCCUGGAAAAGCAUAUGGCAACAGUUGGCUCCCAAGAAGAAAAAAGGACUCCCUAUGUGGUCACUGCAUGGUAUUCUUUCAGGCUGUAGCUUGUUUUUAUGCUCAAGCCUCAUGAUUGUGUGAGGGCCAACGCACCUCCAGCAGCAAGAAGGGCUGGGAUUGCCUCCUCUGCUGCAGAGGGCACACCAUGGGAAAACUGGGGGCUGAUGGGGGACAGUUAUCCUCCCUAUACCAGGUAUAAAGAACUGAUCCUAAAUGUGUACUGAGAAAAGCAUGACGGUGUGUCAACUAGCCUAACAAAGGAAGGCUGUUGCAUUGGUAUGGAUGGUGGGACUCCUCACUGGUACGUGCAGCUGAAGCUUAAGGACAGAAAUCCAGGGGCCUGUUGUUGUAUUUUUGUUUUUACCGUAGAGGUUUAACAUAUGAACUGACCCAGUAGGGCACAGAGAGCUGGAUGCUCUGGGCCUGGCUUACCUGCCUACUUGAGUGUGUGCUUAAUGCUAAACAAGCAUGCAGACAGUCUCACUGAAAUCCAAACCAGGUCUCACAGGCUUCAUUGAAGCUGAACACAUUUAAGUGCUUUUCUGGAUGUAGGCCAACACCUUUUAGAUUCAAGUCCUUAACUAGUGCAAUGCCAGUAAGCAUGGGCAAACGUUGCCUAUGAGUCCUUUCUAGCUCUCACAAGAAGCUAUUACACUGUUUUGGGUCAGUGAUCCAAAGCACAAUAGCAACAUUACUGUAAGUUCCAGAUUAUUACUUCAGGACACCUUUUUAUUUCCAUAAUAGCUAUUAUACUUAGAAGAUUUGAACAGAGAGGCCAGAGUUUAACUAAAGCACUGUUAUUUCUGUUAUUUUUUUCUUUUUCCCUUUCUGUCUUCCAGUAUCUAUCUAUCCCUGUGUGCUCCCACUCUGCCUCCAUGCUAACCUUGCCCUUCACUGAUCGUGGGCCAAGAGGCCUCUCUCUUGCAUGAGCAUUUUCUGGUCAAUAGUGCAUAAUGCCCAGCCCUCCUGCCUCAUCUCAGGCCUCAGUUUCAUUCCUCUGGUGCAAAAGAACCUGCAUACAGCCCAUGGAAAUGCACUCAGCCUGCCCAAACAACGCUCAGGCUCCAUUUGCACUUAGUGGUACUCAGUAUCUCACAGAUGUGCUCCACUGGAGACAAGAGGCAGCAUCUGAGAGCACUGAUAGCCAGACAAGCACUGCUUUGCAGUUAUGUUCUUGAAAAGCUGGGGAUCAUGGUGGUUGAAUUUAUUCACACAUAUAUGUAACAAGACUGCAUCACAGGCUUUAAGAAAGGGGAAAAAAAGCCUCUAGGCUUUUAACCACGCAGCAGCAGGAAGGGGCUCUGCAGAAUGGCUGAGGAGCCACCAGCCCUCCUCUUCUCUGCCUAUGGUGCCUAUAGGACCAUUGCUUCAUGAGCCUAGAGGUUCGGUAUGAAUGGGAAGGAGAGCAGUGACAGAGAUUGCAGGAUGGAAUAGGCUAGUGGGAGGGAAAGGAGAUUUUUAUUUUAUUUUUUUUAUUUGAUUAUUAAAAUGAAGAGAAAAGAGGUAGAAGUAGCAGGCUGUUGUCAGUGCUAACGUCUACAGGGGAAUGGGUAGUCUGUGGGCAACAUCUCAUACUGCUACUGACCCUGACAGCACCCAUCUCUGCCAGCUGGUAGCCUAAACAAGCCCUACAGCAGUGGUUGAGGGGCAUAAUAGCCAGGUGCCAAUAAAUGCUGCUCAGUCACCAGCCACCAGGCCUUUGGCCAAUGGGCCCAAGGCAAGUUCCUGCUGACCUCUGGCUGCCUCAGGAUUCAUGUUGUCCCCAGGGCAAUGCUUUUAUUUUAUUUUUUAAUUAUAUUCACUUCUAACAGUCCAAGCAGACACAAGGAAACAGUGGAAGAACUGCUGGAUUUCCCCCAGCUCAUAAGUAUAGCCUGUUACUGAAAAGGAGAAAGAAGAGGAAGAAACGGCAAUAUGAAGUGUUAAGACAUCAGUAAGCACUGCAGAACUGGCACCUCACCUGGCUGUAGCUCCAGCAGUUUGGGGUAUUUUGCAAAGUUAUCCUAUGACAAGGCAUUCUUCAAGAACUUGUCAGUGCCUGAAUAUCACAGCAUGUCCUCAACGGGCAGACCCAACUCUGUCAUUCUUGGGAAGUUGCACGUAGGCUGGAUUAUGUAAAGACAGCAUUCCUGCUGAAGACUCAGUUACCACCAGUCAUUCUCAUUCAUAUUAGGAAGAGAUUAGCAGUAGCAAUAAACUACAUCACAUUUAGAGAAUGGAAAAAGUCAACACAGAACAAAAACUGGUAUUCCAGGGCUGAUAAUGGAUGUAAUAAUAUACGAGAGUCAAGUUUUUUUUUAUUAUCUGCUGAAUUGUGGGUUAUUCACACUUAAAAUAUACAAGUAACAAGACCUAUCCUAGAGCCUGUUGAAAGAUGAGCUGGAAAAUGAGCAGGAAGGAAGAAAGAAUUGAAACAGCAACUGCAGAACUUCUAGAUGAAAGUUCUAUGAUUUGGAAAAAAGCAAUGGCAAGGAAGCACAACAUUGGCAUUGAGUUCCCACCCACACUCUUGCCAGGGCUGGACGACAGGGACCUGGCAAAGGACUCAGGAUCAAGGGGAAGGUCGGUGUUGUGGCCUUUCUCCACCCUAGGCACCAUUGGUUAAGUACUUGCAUGCUGAAAUAGUUUUAGGCUUGAUGCUCCCUGGGAUAAGGCUCAGACAAUUGGUCUGGACAGUUCCAGGUGCACACUCUAGACGUUACUGAAAGAGGAAGAAGGAAAAAAAUAAUAUAAUAGAUUUUUAUUAACAAUUUUAUGUCAGCUGAAGCUUGGUAGUAAGCCCAUUCCACAGAUACAUUUCAGCCUAAGGUUUACAUGUAAAACCACAGCACUUCAUCACCACUGCAACUGGCCACCAAACUCACCAUCCACUAUUUCUACUGUGCCAUCUGUACAGUGGAAACACUGCAGACCAAGAGUGGGAGCACUUCCAGCCUGCCUAGUUACAUUAACGCUUGCAUUCACACAAAAAAGGGCAAGAUGGAAAACCCGUAGUUAUAUGUGGACAGGGGCUCCCUAACGUGCCUGCAAAUACCAUCACUUUGAAUAGCCAUGGGAAAUGACUACGCUGAUAAAAAAAAAAAAAUCAGGAAAGAAAAAAGGGGACAAAUAAUUUUUCCCAGGUGUUCAGCCUGCUUGAGCUUGGAACAACUUCUGUAAGCAAAGAGGAGGUGACGGGCACACUACCUGCUUUCCCAUGUGUCCCAGUUACUCCUGCACCAGUUGCAUUUGCCAGUUGAUAUCCAAGUGUAUGUAUAUAGUUUGUCUUUGUAUAGGAGUGAGUGUGGUGGCUGUCAAUCAUGUGCUCUUCCAGUAUUGUAAUUUAACAGAUUAUGGCUGUAUGAAAACAAUGUAAAUAACUAGAAAAAAAAUUAAGCUGGAUCUCUAUGUCCUAGGUUUUGUACAUACUGAAACUGCAUGCUAUUUAAAUUAUUGUUUGUCCCUGAUGUA